AUGUUUACCAGCCUGCUUACAUCUUUGUAUUUUUUCCUUACUGCUUUAGUGUGGGUCCCACUGUACCUUGGAUUCCUGGGGCUGUGUUCUGUGGUAACCGGCAUCUGCAUUCUCUUUCUACACUGGAGGAAGAACCUGCGACGGGAACUGCGUGCUCGGAAGUGGGUGGAGGCCAUGAAAACAGCCACAUUCAGCUACAGCCCGCUGCUGUACUGGAUUAACAAACGACGGCAGUAUGGCAUGAACACGGCCAUCCACAAGAGCCCUCGCCCAACUGUCAACAACACUGAGCCCGAGGCCCAGAAUUCAGAUGUGUGGCAGGUAGACAUCCUCGAGAGCAGAGACAAUGCUGCCCAAGACCGCUGCACUAACACCCAGGCAUCUGCCUCACUGCGACCUGCCUCGAAACUGGUCUCUCAGCCCCUCCGUUCCCCAGUGUCUCAGUCCAGCAUCACCACCUCAGUGCCACUCCCCAUCUUUCAGGAGGUGCCCUCUGCCCUCUCCCUGUGCAACCUUCCUCCGAUGCUGAACCAUGCAGUAUCUUACCCAAUAGCCACUCAUCCCAAAGGGGACGUCCGCUUCCACUCACUCCCCACACUGACCCAGGGGGAGAGCUAUGCUCAUGCCAAGACUGCUACUAAACAAGUGUAGUUUCCUCUCACUAGUGGGAAGUGGAGAAAAAGGCAGAGGAGAUUGAGCUGCCUUGGGGAGCUAAAAUUGGCAGAGAUCAAGGCCCCUCUGUCACAUUAAAAUUUAAAACAAACAA